GAAGCCUCGCUGUCACUUGGGGAUGGACGAAAAGCGAAGGGCUGGUGGCACGGGCGCAGUCGGCAGCGCGGGUAGCUCAGGUCCAAGGGAACCCGUUGCAAAUUGCAGAGUUGGGCUUGCGGAGGACCGGCCCUCCUUGGCCUGCAGGCCUGUCGCUCACUCACGCUCCUGGUGGGGUCGGUGCAGGCAGCUACACCGGCUGCCACCCCAGUGGCCGCUGCACUUAGAACAAGUCGGCGAGGACGUGCCCAUUUCAACGAGCCGGGUUUCCUGCGAGGCCAGGCGCCGGGAGACGCCGGGGACGCGGCCCGGGCGCCAGGGCUGCCCUGCGCUCUGCAGACGUGGCCCGAGCCUGCUCGCGGGCGGCCGGGAGGCCCGGGGCGGCGCGGGCCGGAAGUCCUGCGCGCUGCCGGCGAGGGGGCGCUGUGGCCCGCGGCUGCGGCCUGGGCCCGGCAGCGGUGGCCCCGGCGCGUCCCGGGCCACCGACGGGCGGCGGGCGACCCUGCCGUGGCGCGAUCUGCCCCGCUCCCGCGUCGGGUUAAUUCGGGGAAGAGGAAGAUUAUUCCCGGGGCAUUUGAGUAAAACCUACGCCGGACGCGAGCUUUCCCUCAUCCUGUCUUACCAGCCUGGACUUCGCUGGGGGUUUUAAGAGGUUGGUGGGGAAAUAACUCCCAUUUGGGGGUGUGUAAAUUUUUUUGUCAAUUAAGAUGAAGCGCACACACUUGACGUGCGUUCACAUGCACGAGGUGACAUGUAACACGUAAGUCGCUUCAUUGUAUCGAAGCGUAUUUCAAUGGCAUUCCUAAGGAAGGGUCCCCCAGCCCCCAGGCCUCCUGGUCUGUUUGUGGAGGGAGUGAGAAGUGUGGUUUUGCAGUUUCCUUUCUUUUUCUUUUUUGAAAACCGAAGCACAUAGUUACACACUGCACAAAGUUCACGUCAAAAUGGAGCGUGAGCCCCUUUCUAGCGUGGUUUCCGCCCUCUCGGCGUUCGCUCUGUGACCACCUCUGGGAGGGUUUCGGAGGCAGCGGUGUCGCCAGAGUCUCCAGCUCGCGUCAGACGCUGCCACUUGCGCCUGGGAGACACGCGCGGAGGGGACCGCGCGCAGCCUGAGGGGUCCCCGCCACUCGUGUUCUGGAACCCUGAGCUGGGAUUCAGCUCGGGGUUUUGGAACGGGCCUGACGGCCUGCGCUGCUCCGGGAGCGCCGGGAGCCGCGCGGAGGGGAUCCCCACGGCUGGGGCGGCCCCCGGGGUGUCGCGGAGCCGAGGGCCCCGACGGCGGGCGCUCUCCUGUUUCACGUCCCUGGCCCCACUUCUCCCGCUCCUCCCCAGUUAAGUGCCUGGCUCUGUGACGCUGAUGACUGCGAGGUCUCGUCCUCGCUGACUUGUCCCUCCCGGUUUUCUUGAGUGGGCAGGAAAACUCCCAUGCUCUCCCCCGACGCCCCACCUCCGACGCGCCUCCCGAAGGGUCUCUCCCCGCCGCGCCUGGAGAACCCCGUCUUGCCUUUGCUCAGCAUCUUGCAGACUCGGUCCCUGCCCUCUGCCCCCUCCCUUCGCCCGUUGGCCGAGGUCCCCUUGCCACCACGGCCCCGUGCGCACCGGCCCCUCGCCCCCUUCCGCUUGCUCCCCGUUGGCAUCGGCGGCCCCGGCCCGGGAGAGGGCACGGCGCGGGGCCCGGGAGCGCCAGGAGACGGAGGCAGGGGACGCGAGCCGGGCACUGCACAGGCCUGAGUUCCUUUACGGGAUCGGAGUCGCAGGAGACUGUCUUCCAAAGCAGCGAAGACCUGCGCGGCCUUGCUCCUCGUCGCGGUUGUUUGGAAGGGGACAAGUUUGGAAGUGCUCAGCCUUUGCAGCUUUCCACCGCGCACGCGGGCUGCACUGACCCCCCACACACGGCGACGCGCACACGCGCGCGCACGCUUCCCGGGAGGUCCGCGCGGCGCCGAGGCAGCUGCUGGCGAGUGGAAACAGACGGAGAGUUUUCAGUUUCCCUCUCUGUCUGUCUGUCUGUCUGUCUGUCUGUCUGUCUCCCUCUCUCUCCCCGUCUCUCU